UGCAUUGUGGAUGCACCCACCCCGUGACUCCAGGGCCACGUGGGAAGGCUUCCUGUGCUGUCUAAUCCCGAAAUUGACAUGGAAGGAGGAGGACAAGGGUCUUGGAGUGAAAAUAUAUUGGAUUAUUUUCUGAAUAUCAAACAGAUUAAAACAAGAGAUGGGGCUGAAAUCAUCUGGUAUCACCGUGCAAAUAAUAAGUUACAAAUGAGAGAGGCAAUAAAGAGUAAUGCCCACAUGAUAGAAGCAGAUGUCCUUCUUGGUAAAAAGGGCGGUGAACCAAUUAUGGCUCACCCACCGGAAACAAGCAGUGAUAAUACACUCAAGGAAUGGCUAACUGAAAUACAAACCACUAACAAAGGCGUCAAGCUUGAUUUUAAAAGCCUAGAGGCCGUGAAUCCCUCUAUGAAGAUUCUUGAAGACACGAAACUCAAACAGCCAGUCUGGAUUAAUGCAGACAUUCUCCCUGGACCAAAUGGAAGUAAUUGUGUAGUAGAUGCAAAGGGAUUUCUUGAUACAGUGACAUCAUUUUUUCCAGAUGUAACAUUGUCUUUAGGGUGGACAACUGGAUGGACAGCUUUAAAAUGCAGUAACGGCUAUAGUUCUGCAAUGGUGCAGGAAAUGGCAGCAAUAUGUUCAGAUCUUACUCAGCCGAUAACAUUUCCUGUAAGAGCAGUUUUUGUCCGCCAGUCCAUAUCUGAACUGCAAUGGUUAUUGCAGCAAUCGAACAGAUACACCCUCACCAUUUGGACCGGAAAACAUGAUAAUUAUUCUGUACAAGAUCUGCUUGUCAUCAGAGAGAGUUUUGAUAAAAGUAGAGUUUUUUAUGAUAUCUCAGGAUCACAAGAUUUGGAAUUCAGAAAGGCCAUUGGACUGUAAAUUACAACAGAUUAUUUUUUUCCCCGGCUUUGGCCUGGAUCCUAGGGCCAGAUUCUUGUUGUAUUAUAGUAGUGUAGAUAAUGGUGGUAGGAGGAAAUAGGCUGCAGCCACAAUGGGCUUAAAUAAAGGAUGACAUUGGGGGAAAAUCAGCUAUUUGGACCCAGCAAAUAACACCUGUCUUCCCUCACCAUUGCUAUAUGGCCCUAGCAAAACUAAAGUAAAACCCCACCAGUGUUCACAUUUGGGCAUAUUGAGUAUCUGUGCCAAGUUUGAUCUAGAUCUAUCAUUGUUUGAGUCAACAAUGCUAUCUAAAUGUAGGUGAACUGCAACUCUUAAACACAAGGUCAACGCCCAACAAACACUUCCAGUAUUUUCUAUUGGCCAUGGGAGUUCUGUGUGCCAAGUUUGGUUCAAUUCCAUCAUCUCUUUGAUUGUAGGCAAGCUAUAAAUCCCAGCAACUCCAACUCCCAAAUGACAAAAUCACCCACCCCCC